CCGUCCGCCAUAUUUCGUCAGUAGCUUCCAUAGCUUCCUUCAGAUCGCUCAAUUACAGUUUGUGGUUCGGUGAGUUCGGUCGUCCGGUCUCAAUUCGGCUACAGGUCCACAGGUGUAUAAUGUGAUUCGACAUCUUCCUUAUUCGCAUUAGAGAUAUUCAGCAAUUCAUUGCUCGUUAGUUUUUCCACGAAACAAUUCGAAAUGUCGAGGAAGCGGAAAUUAUUGAAUAUAAGGGAUCGGUGCCGCAUUUGCCUGGUCGACAACGGAUGCACCACGAGUUUAUUCGAUGAAGAGUUACAGUCGAAAAUGAAUGAUCUGACCAAAUGUACAUCCAUUGAUAUCAAGGAUGAACACGGUCUACCGAACAUCGUUUGCUACGUGUGCCUUUACAAGUUGGAUAUGUGGAACGAAUUUAAAGAGCAAUUCAUACGUUCAAAUCAAAUGCUGCUGAGUCAAUUAGAGGUGAUAGAUGCUUCUGACGAUGAGAAUCUGCCAUUGAAGAAGGCGCACAAGGAGUUAGAACAAGGUGGAGAAGAUAGCCUUUCCGAUUCUUCCCUGAAGAAAAAACCACAAAGCAACCUGCCAUCUUUGACACGUGAGGAUUCGAGGAAUGCAGAUGAUAUAAGGGACCAAGCAAUGCUAAACGAUAUGUUUCUAUCAGAUAAUGAUGGGACAUCUUCGAAGGACUCUUCACAGAAAGCUGCAGAUGAUAAAUGCAAGAAAGAAGAGAAACAAGAGAACAAAAACGGUAAUUCAUUGAAAUCGAAUUCAACUUCAAAGACUAAACCACUGACGAUAAGCGGAAAGCGCAACAUGAUGGAGAGAAGAAUGGCUUCGACUAAGAGGUGGGUCGCGAGGAAGAAGGCACUUCUGGCAGCAACGGGCGAGAGCGUUUCCGACACGGAUUCCAUGGGGUCGGACGAUACGGAACUCUCGCCGGUGCAGAAGGCGCGAGCGAAAACAAACUUGGACAAGGAGGCCGAGAAGCAGAAGCGACUGAUACGGACGCUGAAAAACUCGGAUACCACUUUGACAGAUAAGUGCGCCGUUCAGAAUGAGCAUAUUAUAGACACCGAUUUCGAGGCGCGUAGAAAGAGAUACUUCAUAGAUUCCGAUAGUUCGUCAAAUGAAAGUAGAUGCGCGUCUUUAAUCAGAUCUAAACGGAGCGGGGGUAAGAAAAAAGACAAGAAAGAAAGUUUACUCGCGUCGCUGCCGGAGAAAACUGCCAAAGAGAAGUCGUUGAAAAAUGAUCGGAUGAAUGCUGCGCAAGAAGCAUUCGUUCCGUGUUUCACUAAGUCGGAACUAGACGUUGGCGACGCUAAGUAUAUCAUCACGUCCACGUUAACACCCACGGAAUCUCAUUACUUGAACAAAGAGAAUUUGAACACAUUAUCAAAGGAAAUAAAGAACGGCAGCAUCGAACCAAAUUCGCGAGAAAAAAAUACGGACAUCAUUGAUGCCGUGCAGUUGCGUCGAAAAAAUCCUAUUCCCACAGACGCGGACAAAAAAUGUGUAGAAAGAUGUUUGAAUAUAGUAAUCGAGGGUUCGGAGGCGUUACCGUUGAGACGCGUACAAUUAGAACUAGCUGUUUUCGUUCAAAAGGAAAUGAAACAGAGAUUGUUCGGAGGAACGGAUGAUCCGAAGGACCCCGCUUCUGAAACCUUGUUCGAGUCUUUGAACCAACAGUUGAAAACCAUAGUCGAGAAGGCUAUAAAGAAAAAUUUUGAGAAUUCUGUGAUGAAAAAUUGUGGUAUUAAUUUUAAAUCGCUUGCUCAUCAAUCUGGCACAGUUUCACCGGAUUUCGUGAAAGCGGCUGUGAAUUCGGCUAAAUAUCAGCCGAGGAUUGUACUGAAACGUUUGAACAUAGCGAAGGAAAGCCAGAAAUUCAAUAUUAACAAUGUCCACGCGGCGUUUAAGCGUACUGUCAAAGGUAAAUUGGGCGGACCGUUCAGUAUGGUUUCUCAUAAAAGGCAGAGCGUACCACCGAUCAGGUACAACGAUUACAACACUUCUGCUUUGGACUCCGACUCAUACUUCUCAGAGUCCGAUACGUCCAGAUCAGAGAAUAAUCGACAGAAUACGCUGGAGCAUAGGACGCAAGCGAAACAGGAAGAAGAGUUGAGAGCGGACUUCAGCGACGCUAAGAACGAGCAAAAGGCCGAAACCCAAGAAAACGUUUUUAAGGUAACAUCAUCGAGCGGCGAGAAGCACGGCUGCGGCGUGUGCGGUCAAGCGUUCGACAGCCGCGUCGAAGCCAUUGCACAUGUUCGCAUCCACAAAGCUGAGGCAGGCUCACGGGCAAAUAAACACAAAAUGAUGCGCUGCAAGAGGUGUCACGAAAUAGUCGAAGCCAGAUUCGUGAAAGCACACGUGUGCAAGUCGAGCAGGCAACAGGCCCAUAAAUGUUACGUCUGCAAUUCUACUUUCCGUACUGAGAAGCUUCUGGUGCAGCACUUGGAAACACACGAUCAAUCCGAGUUCAGUAUUGAUAACGUAACGAAGGGAGAGCCUCAGAAACUGACCCCAACGAAAUCUGACACUGUUCAACUUCCUAAAGAUAAUUCAAGAUUGGAAGAGCCGCCGAGCUGCGUCGAGCAGCAGUCAGAGGAAACUAAGAUAAAAGAAGUACCUGAAUUAGAAAGACCAAAGGAGACAUAUACUUGUUUUGUAUGCGAUAAGAUAUUCACUGACGAAGAAAUAUUGAAAGAUCAUUUGCAAAAACACUGCGACGAUAUGAGCCCCGGACGAGCCCCGAUGAGCGAGGACGAUCAGAGCCCCGGCAAGGAGCAAUACGGAUGCGCGAUUUGUGGCGAGUCGCUAGAAUCAGACGACGCGUUGGACGCACAUAUUGACAAACACUUGGAUGCGAAGGAGGACGAUAACCCGGAUCUCAUUAACAUAUCCAAUGAGAGCAACAAGUCGAGGGACGAGGUUUUUCAGUGUCUCCAAUGCACUGAAGCAUACAAUUCGGAAAUGUUGCUGGAAAUGCAUAUGCAGGCUCACGAGGAGGAAGCAGCGAUUGCGGAAUGGGAGAAACAGGGGAUAAAGGCUUACGAAUUCCAAUGCUUGAUCUGCGACGAGCUUUUCGAAACGGAAGACGAUUUAUCAGAACAUUUGGACAUCCACAACGCCAAUGCCCACGUUUGCCAGCUGUGUGACAAACCGUUUACCACUCUCGAAGACUUGCAAAAUCACGUCGCCACUCAUUAAUACGAUUAUCGAUCAUUUUUUUAAAGACAAACUUGAUAUGAGGGGGUAACUAUGAUGUACAGUAA